AUGGGAGCUGCCAGUGCCCCGAUUUAUGCCAACCUAGUCCUAUUGGAUUGGAAAGAGCAAGCCAUAUUUAAAAGUAAAUGGAUGAAAUAUAUUAGAUGUUAUAUCAGAUUUUUAGAUGAUGUGUUUAUUCUGCGGAAUGGUAGUGAACCUGCAGUGGAGGAAUUUGUCGGAUAUCUGUAUACAUCUAAUUCUUUUCUCAAGUUUACAUAUCAUGCAAGUAAAGAAGGACCACUUACCAUUCAAUUUAUUUCCUUGUCAAAUAUUACAACCACUUCCAUAUCAUUAUACUGGAAAAAGGCCACAACAGGUGAAGGCAAAUUAUACAGAGUACAAGUUGAAGGAUCUCCAUCUUUCAAUCAAACAGUGUUGACUGAGAAUGUUACUAUCACGGGACUUACUCCAGGGUACAACUUUACUAUCAGCGUUUUUACGCUUGCAGCUGACAAUACUACAGAAAGUGAUCCAGCAACAGUAUCCAUAUUCACAAAACCAGAUGAGGUGCAAAACCUCAUGGCUGAUACUAUUAAUACAACGUCUGUCUUACUAACAUGGAACCAUCCAAUUGGCGAUGCUUACUCUUACAAAGUACAAAUUGAAGGACUGCCAUCAAUGGAUCAAACAGUAUUUACUGAAUCUGCAACUAUGACCAACCUUACUCCAGGAAGUAACUAUACUUUUAAAGUGAUUGCGGUAGCAUCUGAUAAUAUAACACAGGGAAAGUCUGCAGGAAUAUCCAUAUUUACAAAGCCUGAAAUGCCAAACAACCUUACAAUAACAAAUACCACAACAACAUCAAUGUUCCUGACAUGGACUGCUCCAGUAGGACUUCACAGCUACUACAUCAUUAAUACCACUGGAAGUUCUUCUGAGAGUAUGGUUGUAGAAACUGACUAUGUUAACAUCACAGGACUGAUCCCAGGAGGAAACUACAGUAUCAGUGUUUCAGCACAUUCAUUUGAUGGGACGAUUGAAGGAGACAGUGUAUCAAUGAAAGGGUCUACCAAGCCUGAAAUGCCAAACAACCUUACAAUAACAAAUACCACAACAACAUCAAUGUUCCUGACAUGGACUGCUCCAGUAGGACUUCACAGCUACUACAUCAUUAAUACCACUGGAAGUUCUUCUGAGAGUAUGGUUGUAGAAACUGACUAUGUUAACAUCACAGGACUGAUCCCAGGAGGAAACUACAGUAUCAGUGUUUCAGCACAUUCAUUUGAUGGGACGAUUGAAGGAGACAGUGUAUCAAUGAAAGGGUCUACCAAGCCUGAAAUGCCAAACAACCUUACAAUAACAAAUACCACAACAACAUCAAUGUUCCUGACAUGGACUGCUCCAGUAGGACUUCACAGCUACUACAUCAUUAAUACCACUGGAAGUUCUUCUGAGAGUAUGGUUGUAGAAACUGACUAUGUUAACAUCACAGGACUGAUCCCAGGAGGAAACUACAGUAUCAGUGUUUCAGCACAUUCAUUUGAUGGGAUGAUUGAAGGGGACAGUGUAUCAAUGAAAGGGUCUACCAAGCCUGAAAUGCCAAGGAACCUUACAAUAACAAAUACCACAACAACUUCACUGUUCCUGACAUGGACUGCUCCAGUAGGACUUCACAGCUACUACAUCAUUAAUACCACUGGAAGUUCUUCUGAGAAUAUGGUUGUAGAAACUGACUAUGUUAACAUCACAGGUCUGAUCCCAGGAGAAAACUACAGUAUCAGUGUUUCAGCACAUUCAUUUGAUGGGACAAUUGAAGGGGACAGUGUAUCAAUGAAAGGGUCUACCAAGCCUGAAAUGCCAAGGAACCUUACAAUAACAAAUACCACAACAACAUCAAUGUUCCUGACAUGGACUGCUCCAGUAGGACUUCACAGCUACUACAUCAUUAAUACCACUGGAAGUUCUUCUGAGAGUAUGGUUGUAGAAACUGACUAUGUUAACAUCACAGGACUGAUCCCAGGGGGAAACUACAGUAUCAGUGUUUCAGCACAUUCAUUUGAUGGGACAAUUGAAGGAGACAGUGUAUCAAUGAAAGGGUCUACUAAGCCUGAAAUGCCAGCGAACAUUACAAUAACAAAUACCACAACAACAUCAAUGUUCCUGACAUGGACUGCUCCAGUAGGACUUCACAGCUACUACAUCAUUAAUACCACUGGAAGUUCUUCUGAGAGUGUGGUUGUAGAAACUGACUAUGUUAACAUCACAGGACUGAUCCCAGGAGGAAACUACAGUAUCAGUGUUUCAGCACAUUCAUUUGAUGGGAUGAUUGAAGGGGACAGUGUAUCAAUGAAAGGGUCUACCAAGCCUGAAAUGCCAGGGAACCUUACAAUAACAAAUAUCACAACAACAUCAAUGUUCCUGACAUGGACUGCUCCAGUAGGACUUCACAGCUACUACAUCAUUAAUACCACUGGAAGUUCUUCUGCGAGUAUGGUUAUACAAACUGACUAUGUUAACAUCACAGGACUGAUCCCAGGAGGAAACUACAGUAUCAGUGUUUCAGCACAUUCAUUUGAUGGGACAAUUGAAGUUUUCAGUGAAUCAAUGAAAGGGUCUACUAAGCCUGAAACACCAAGGAACCUUACAAUAACAAAUACCACAACAACAUCAAUGUUCCUGACAUGGACUGCUCCAGUAGGACUUCACAGCUACUACAUCAUUAAUAUCACUGGAAGUUCUUCUGAGAGUAUGGUUGUAGAAACUGACUAUGUUAACAUCACAGGGCUGAUCCCAGGAGGAAACUACAGUAUCAGUGUUUCAGCACAUUCAUUUGAUGGGACGAUUGAAGGAGACAGUGUAUCAAUGAAAGGGUCUACCAAGCCUGAAAUGCCAGGGAACCUUACAAUAACAAAUAUCACAACAACAUCAAUGUUCCUGACAUGGACUGCUCCAGUAGGACUUCACAGCUACUACAUCAUUAAUACCACUGGAAGUUCUUCUGAGAGUAUGGUUGUAGAAACUGAUUAUGUUAACAUCACAGGACUGAUCCCAGGAGGAAACUACACUAUCAGUGUUUCAGCACAUUCAUUUGAUGGGACAAUUGAAGUUUUCAGUGAAUCAAUGAAAGGGUCUACUAAGCCUGAAACACCAAGGAACCUUACAAUAACAAAUACCACAACAACAUCCAUGUUCCUGACAUGGACUGCUCCAGUAGGACUUCACAGCUACUAUAUCAUUAAUACCACUGGAAGUUCUUCUGAGAGUAUGGUUGUAGAAACUGACUAUGUUAACAUCACAGGACUGAUCCCAGGAGGAAACUACAGUAUCAGUGUUUCAGCACAUUCAUUUGAUGAGGCGAUUGAAGGAGACAGUGUAUCAAUGAAAGGGUCUACCACUUUAGUGGCUAAAGCGUGGACAAUUACAAAUACUCCUGUCCAGAAAUCUAGAACAGAGCUGACUUCACAAGAUGCUGAUGGCCAGAUGAGUCAAUGUGGUCAGAAGGUGAUAACAUACUAG